AUGGUUGAGCCAAUUGCUAUCAUUGGGUCAGGUUGUCGGUUUCCAGGAGGAUCCGACACGCCCAGCAAGCUCUGGGAGCUGAUCAAAGACCCACGUGACCUAUCAAGCAAACCGCCUGCAUCGCGUUUCAAUAUCGAUCCGUUCUACCAUCCAGUUGGCGCCCAUCAUGGAACCACGAACGCCACCCAGUCCUACUGGGUGGAGGAGACAGAACGCACAAGUAUUACCAAGUUCGAUGCUGGGUUUUUCAACAUCCAACCAAGCGAAGUUGACGCGAUGGACCCACAGCAACGGGUCCUCAUGGAGGUUGUGUAUGACAGUCUUUGUGCUGCAGGCCAACCCAUGGAGAACCUCAAAGGAUCUAAUACUGCCAUUUACGUUGGUAUGAUGUCCGAUGACUGGAACACCAUGGUAACCCGUGACUGGGAGACCCUACCCCGAUACACCGCCACGGGUUUGGAACGGGGCAUCAUGGCAAACCGUGUCUCAUACUUCUUUGAUUGGCAUGGCCCGAGCAUGACUCUUGACACUGCGUGCUCAAGUAGUCUGGUUGCUUUGGAUCUGGCCGUGCAAAUUGUGCGCAGUGGCAAGUCCAAUGUUGCCGUCGCAGCAGGAACAAACCUGAUUCUGAGUCCUGCAAUGUACAUCUCGGAAAGUAACCUUGGUAUGCUUUCCCCCAACGGCCGUUGUGCUAUGUGGGAUACCGCAGCCGAUGGAUAUGCUCGUGGCGAGGGCGUGGCUGCCGUCAUCGUGAAAACACUUUCUCAGGCACUUGCCGACAACGAUCCAAUCGAGUGUAUUAUUCGUGAGGUUGCCGUCAACCAGGAUGGUAAGACCUCUGGCCUGACGGUGCCCAGUAACGUGGCGCAGACUGCAUUGAUCCGCGACUGCUAUUCCCGGGCUGGACUCGAUCCCGUCAACAACCUCCAAGACAGACCCCAAUUCUUCCACGCCCAUGGCACUGGUACCCAGGCCGGCGAUCCACAGGAAGCAGAGGCUAUCUCAAAUUCUCUCUUCCCUGUCGGAUCUCCUGCCGCCCAGGAUGCGGAGAACUUGUUUGUCGGUUCAAUCAAGACGGUUAUCGGCCAUACCGAGAGCACAGCCGGCCUCGCCAGCGUUAUCAGCACAUCACUUGCCAUGCGGAAUGGUGUCAUUCCACCGAACAUGCACUUCAAAAAUUUGAGUGAUCGCGUCGCACCCUUCUUCGAUCACUUGAAGAUACCCACAUCUCCAACCCCCUGGGCUAUCAAUCAUGGCCAGACGCGAAGAGCAAGCGUGAACAGCUUCGGCUUCGGUGGCACAAAUGCUCACUGCAUUCUGGAAGAAUACACCCAAAGACGUGAAAAGGUCACCUCUUCGAUCAAUCAGACUUUUGCUCCUCUAGUCUUCCCAGCGGCCUCUGAACUGGCGUUGCGGCAAAUGAUUUCUGAUCAUCUCGAAUAUCUCAAAGAUCACCCAGAUGUUCCGAUUCUGGACUUUGCUUACACCCUGCAAGACCGUCGCUCAACGUUGCCAUACCGGAAGGACAUUUUUGCUCCAACAGUCAAGGAUGCAAUUGUUGCACUUGAAGCUUUGGGUGCCACCGAUGCAGAAACUGAAGGCAUGAACACUCGAUUCAAAAGCCUCAACGGAUCCACAAAGCUGUUGGGGAUAUUCACUGGCCAAGGCGCACAAUGGCCGCGAAUGGGAGCUCGCCUCAUUGAGUCGUCUCCGUUUGCUGCGUCGCGUAUUGCCGAAUUGGACGAUGCUCUCCAGACCAUUACUUCCGCUGAAGACCGACCCAGUUGGACAAUUCAUGAGGAGCUUCUCGCAUCGAAAGAAAGUUCUCGGCUUGCGGAAGCAGCUCUGUCGCAACCCCUCUGCUCGGCUGUGCAGAUUCUCCUGGUUGAUAUUCUUCGAGCAGCCGGAAUCACAUUUACAGCUGUAGUUGGUCACUCAUCGGGUGAGAUUGGAGCUGCUUAUGCUGCCGGUAUUCUCUCUGCGAAGGAUGCGGUCAGAAUAGCAUACUUCCGGGGUGUGCAUGCCAAAUUAGCUGCCAGCCCCAGCCCCAAUGCUCCCCGCGGUGCUAUGAUGGCAGUCGCCGAAUCCCCAGAUGCGGCUCGGGUGAUUUGUGCCAAUGAUUUCCAGGGGCGCUUGCAGCUUGCAGCAAUCAAUUCCAGCUCCAGUGUCACGCUAAGUGGAGAUGAAGAUGCCAUUGACGCAGCUGAAAGCCUUUUGAAGGCGAAGGGCAUGUUUGCUCGCAAACUGAAAGUUGACACAGCCUACCACAGUGCUCACAUGGCUUCCUGCGCUGACCCAUACUACGACUCGCUUCAGAAAUGCAAUAUUCAGCCCUUGCCGCAAUCAGCAGAGGCCGCACCUAUAUGGUAUUCAAGCGUUUACAAUGGGGGGUCAUUGGAGGCAGUGAAAAACAAUGGUCCUUUCGAUAUUGCCAUUGAGGUCGGUCCCCAUCCUGCUCUCAGAGGUCCCGCUACUGCUACCAUCGAUGGAGAGACCGCCACACCAUAUACCGGUGUUCUGGCUCGCGGUCAGAACGAUGUCGCCGAAAUUGGCAAAGCCCUUGGUUUCGUCUGGAGGCAAUUUGGUUCGAACAGCGUGCAGUUCUCUGCGGUGCAAAAAUUUCUGUCUGCCAAUGCCCAAAAGCCACUUGUCCUGGGUGACCUACCUCCGUAUCCUUUCACUCACCAAACCGACUACUGGACUGACAGUCGUCUUGCAAACCACUUCAAACACAGGAAUCCGGCUCAUGUCUCAAAUGCAGUCCUCGGAUCUCCUUGCGCGGAGGCGACCACCCCAGGAGAAUUCCAGUGGCGGAACAUCUUGCAACAAAGCGAGAUACCUUGGUUGAGUGGUCACGCACUGCAGGGCCAGACCGUCUUUCCGGCCACUGGAUAUGCUUCAAUGGCCCUCGAGGCUUUGAAAAGUAUCGCAUUUGAGCUGCGACCUGGUGCUACACUUUCCCUGAUCAAGCUUAUCGACCUGGAUAUUCCACGCGCAAUCGCAUUCGAUGACGACGAUAUGAGCGUGGAAACAAUUUUUAGCGUAUCAUCGGUGGCUUUCUUAGACGCCAAAAUGACUGCUGACUGGGCGUGCUAUUCCGCGGCGAGAGAUGGGACCAUUCAAUUGAAUGCCAAGGGAGGCGCGUUGGUGGAAAUGAGCUUCUCAAAGGCCGAUACACUGCCUACUGCCAAGGCAGACCCUUACAACCUGGUUCCUGUUGAUGAAGACCAGUUCUAUGAGAGUCUGACCCGCGUGGGAUACAAUUACGCCCACCCUUUCCGUGGCGUUUCGGACAUCCGUCGCAAACCCGGGUACAGCGUGGGUACCCUCUUCGAUCAGUCCGAAGAUGAUGAUCUUGUUCUUCACCCUGGGCUCUUGGAUUCAGCUCUUCAAACUGUGUUUGCGGCCUGGGCCUAUCCGGGUGAUACCCAGUUGUGGUCUCUACACGUUCCAGUGUCAUUUUCUAGCAUUACUAUCAACCCGUACUUUACACCUCUCGGUGAUGCCGGCAAACAAGCCACCAUGGAAUACGAGUCUUCUGUUCGUGAACAGUCAGCAGCAGGCAUUACUGGAGAUGUUUAUCUCUAUACCGAUGAUUCGAAAUACGCGUUCGUUCAAUUCCAAGGUGUGAAGCUUGUUCCUUUUGCACCUGCGGUGCCCAAGAAUGACAUGCCUAUGUUUUCUUGUUUUGACUACGCAAUUGCUGUGCCCGACGGACAGCUUGCUGGGGCCGGGGAGACAUUGACCGACUAUGAAGUCCAGCUUUACAAGGACGUCGACAGAAUCUCGUACUGGUACCUCCGCAACGCGUCACUUUCAAUUCCUGCCAAAGACCGCAGCGGUCUUCUAUCACAUUACCAGAGAUACCUAGCUUGGUGCGACCGCAUGGUUAGCAUGGUCUGCAGUGGUAGUCACAACAAGGUGCCUGCUUCAUUCAACAAUGAUAAUCGUUCCGACAUCGAAGAGAUUCUUGCUUGUUAUUCCGACCGAAAGGAUGUCCGCUUCGUUCAGGUUGUCGGUGAUAAUCUGGUUCAAACUAUCAAUGACGGCAACUCGAUGUUGGAACAUAUGAACCAGGACGGGCUUCUUCGUGCUUUCUACGAAGAAGGUGCAAUUUGCUCCGGUCCGACCGGUCGCUGGCUUGCUCGGGUUCUCGCUCAAAUUUCGAAGAUUCACCCAGGCCUGAAUAUUUUCGAAGUUGGCGCGGGUACCGGAGCCACUACCUCCGCAGUUUUGGAUGGCCUGGAAGGCCGUUAUGCAUCGUACACAUUCACUGACAUUUCGAGCGGAUUUUUCAUGGCGGCUGAAGAGCGAUUCGGUCAACAAAAUGCCCACCGUAUGACGUUCAAGACGUUUGAUAUGGAGAAGGAGCCUGAAACCCAGGGAUUCUCAGAUGCGUCUUAUGAUGUGGUAGUCGCUGUAAAUGUGCUGCACGUUUCUGCUGAUAUUAAAGCAUCUCUCUCGAACGUCCGACGCUUACUGAAGCCUGGUGGCUUCCUUGUCACAGCUGAGCUGACUUCCACAGACCUUUUGUUCAGUGGCAUGACCGUCGGCACACUCCCUGGCUGGUGGAUUGGAGCUGAAACGGGUCGCCCUUGGGGUCCGCUGUUUACACUGGGACAGUGGGACAGUGUGCUCAAAAGCACGGGCUUUGCUGGAAUCGACACUGUUAGUCCCGACAUUAGCGCUUCUCUACCCAUGAGCGUUUUCGUGGCUCAAGCAGUAGAUGAUCGGGUGUCAUUGCUGCGCAGCCCUCUUUCCGUCAAAGUCCACCCUGCCGGAAUUCGAACCGAUGUCCUAGCAAUCAUCGGUGGAAUGACAUGGCCGGUGUACAAACUCAGCCAGGAAAUCUACGAGUCCAUGGGUCGUCGCUUCCAGUCCAAACGGCUGUUCAACACAGUGGAGGAAUUUGCUAAAUCCGACUUGGCCAAGAUGACUGAGGGGUCCAGAGGAGUCACAAUUCUGUCCCUUGCCGAUCUUGACCGACCAUACCUGGAAGAUUUGACGGCCGACAAACUGGACAGUCUCAAGACGUGCACGAAUGCCGGUGUCUUGGUUUGGGUGACAUGUGGCUCCCGCGAUGAUCAGCCUUACAGCUCCAUGAUGACUGGCAUUGCUCGCACCAUCCGCACGGAGAGUCCUGGGUUGAACAUCCUGAUGUAUGACCUGGAUCCCACUGUGCAGAACGGAAUCCAUUCGAGCACGGCAGCUGAUUUAUCUGCGACUGUGCUCCGCCAAGUGGCUCUGGCUAACUGGGAUACCGAUUCCAUGCUCUGGUCACUAGAGCCCGAUAUUUACAUUCAGAACGGACGUCAGCUGUUCUCUCGCAUUGUUCCCGACCGCGAGAAGAAUGACAGAUACAACUCCCAGCGACGCAAUAUCCUGACUCCCGCUAACCUAUCUAAUGGAAACGUCGAAUUGGUUGGCGUUGGACAUGGCAACGAGCAGUCUAUUGAGCUUCGUCACGUCUCACCUUUGGCUGUGACCGACUCGCCGGCAACAGCAACGCGUACGCUUCGAGUCACUCACUCCCUUUUGCAAAGCGUCGCUGUCGGAGCUGGAGGCUUUGUUCGUGUUUGCGCUGGUGUUGAUUUAGCAACUCAGAAGCAUGUUCUGGCUCUGACUGAUUCGAGCCAGUCCAUUGUUCAAGUCCCAAAGGACAUUUGCAUCCCCGUACCUACACAUGUGAUCCCUUCUAAACUCGUGAUUGCAGGCGCUCAGCUUAUCGCUGACCGUCUUUUGUUUCUCACCUCCCGAGGAAGCACGCUGAUAAUCAACGAGCCCGACCUCAUCGUUCAGACGGCGAUUCGUGCGAAAGCCUCCGCCAAAAAUAUCCAGGUCCUCGCCAGUUCAUGUUGUUCAAUAUUUGGUGGGAAACUGCUCCGUGUUUGUGCACUUCUCGCGCGGCGCGGCUUCCGACGCUGCGAUUUGGCAAACGUACUCGAGGAAUCAUUCUCUGACGAUACUCUUGACCUUCCAUCGGUUGAAGUGUUUGACCUAGCUGAUGUUACUUCACACAAGGCAACUGGGGAGACCUUGGCUGUGGUAGACUGGGCGAACUCUCGGUCUGCGCUGGCCAUGGUGCAGUCCAUUGACUCCCAGCCAAUCUUCAGAAGCGACCGAUCCUAUCUCUUUGUCGGCAUGACUGGCGAACUUGGCCAAUCACUCGCCGGGUGGAUGAUCACUCACGGAGCCCGCUUCAUCGUUCUCACAAGCCGCAGACCUACAGUCAACGCUCGCUUUGUUGACGACAUGUUUACUCGAUACGAAGCCGUUGUCAAAACGGUUCCGUUGGACAUCACCUCUCCAGAAUCGCUGCAGUCCGUGCUUGCUUCGAUGGCCGCAGCACUUCCGCCCAUCGCUGGUGUUAUAAACGGAGCCAUGGUUUUGGACGACGAACUCUUUGCGAACAUGUCAUUCGAGCAGUUUUCCCGGGUGACGAAACCCAAAGUUCUGGGAACGCAACUGCUUGAUGAAGCUUUCCAUAAAACCGAUCUCGAAUUUUUCAUCGUCGCCUCCAGUAUCUCGUCGGUCAUCGGGUGGAGUGGACAAAGUAACUACUCGGCCGCCAAUGAGUUUAUGACGUCACUCGUAAACAAACGACGCAAGCGCGGUGUGGCUGGAUCGACAAUGAACAUUCCUGCGGUUCUUGGCGUGGGAUAUGCUGCACACUCCGAAACAUUCGAUUUCGAUUACUUCCAGUCACUCGGUUACAUCAACAUCAGUGAACAUGACCUGCAAUUUCUCUUUGCAGAGACCAUUCUCACUGGACGACCUGGCCAGGCAGAUGAUUCUCCUUCCCAGGUUGUGAUGGGCAUCAACCACGUCCCUAAGGAUUUGCAAGUCACUGAUGCUCAUCGCCGUGAUGUGAAAUUCAGUAUUUUCGUUCUCAACGAGGAUACCGAUUCCGAGGUCCAAGCACAUGAAGCAGCUGUUCGUGUGCGUGUUCAGUUGCAGUCAGUAAAGACCGCCGAUGAAGCCUAUUCAGUCACCCGGGACGCGUUCAUUGGUUAUCUCAAGCGCAUUCUUCGCAGGGUUGACGAGAUAAUUGAGGAUUCAAUGACAUUAGUCGAGCAGGGAGUUGAUUCCCUGGUUGCUGUUGACAUCCGAGCUUGGUUCCUGAAAGAGCUGGAGGCUGAUGUCCCGACCCUCAAGGUCAUGAGCGGCGGAUCUAUCUCCGAGCUGGUGAAAACAGGCCUUGCAAAGAUGCCAAGUCUGGAAGACAGUGUCCCCUCAGAGCCUGUGAUGCCUUCUGAGAACAAAGCGCAACUUCCACCCCGAAUAAUCCCUCGGGAAGAACGCUCACGGCCCACUUCCGAAAACCAAACUCGGUCUUCGUCGCCUCAAACUGGAAGCUCACUUUUCACGCCAGCGCAAGAUUCAUUGUCCACGCUUUCUGACGAUGGUACCGCGCAAACCCCACCUCCCUCGGGAGACUACUUUCCCACAAUUCCAGUUGCUUCGAAAAUCCCAGGAUGGAAAGGCCCUGAGGCGGAGGAUGUGGAGAUUGUGAAUGCUUAG